AUGGCGCACUUCGUCUCUCAAGACCCCGGUGCUCGCGAGCACGACCUCGGCUUCGCCAAGGACGAUGUCAAGGACGGCUUCACUGCCCGUCCUUCCCGCUCAGACGAUGGCGCCGACAACAUGCUCGAGUCGCUCGGCUACAAGCCUGAGCUCGAGCGCAACCGCUCGACGCUGCAGGUCGCCUUCAUGUCAUUCGUCCUCGCAUCCAUUCCCUACGGCCUGUCCACCACGAUGAUCUACCCCUUGGCUGGCGGUGGUCCCGUCGAUAUCAUUUGGGGCUGGCUCGGCGUGUCUCUGAUCAUCAUCUGUGUUGCCGCUUCGCUUGGUGAAAUCACCAGUGUCUACCCUACUGCCGGAGGAGUCUACUACCAGGCCUUCAUGCUCGCGCCCCCUAGCUGGCGCCGCGUCGCCAGUUGGAUCUGCGGCUGGCUCUACGUCGUUGGAAAUAUCACAAUCACUCUUGCCGUGAACUUCGGGACCGCUCUUUUCUACGUCGCGUGCAUCAACGUUUUCGAGUCCGAGCCGGGUGUCGGUAUCUUCGCCGGCGAGCCCUACCAGGUCUUCCUGAUCUUCCUCGCCAUCACCAUUCUCUGCAACGCCGUCUCCUCGCUCGGUAACCGCUGGCUGCCUCUUCUUGACACUGCUGCCAUCUACUGGACCUUCGCCGGUGUCAUUGCCAUCAUCGUGGCCGUCCUCGUCGUUGCCAAGAACGGCCGUCACGAUGCCGCCUAUGUCUUCACCCACUUCGAGGCCAACUCCGGCUGGCCCAAGGGCUGGUCUUUCAUGGUCGGUCUGCUUCAUGCCGGAUACGCCACUUCCUCGACCGGCAUGGUCAUUUCCAUGUGCGAAGAAGUCAAGAACCCCUCCAAGCAGGUCCCGAAGGCUCUGGUUUUCACCGUCUGCCUUAACACCAUCGCCGGCCUCGUCUUCCUCAUCCCCCUCGUCUUCGUCCUCCCCGACAUCCCCUACCUCGUCGGCUUGGCCUCUGGCCAGCCCGUCCCCGCCAUCAUCAAGGACGCCAUCGGCAACUCCGGCGGCGCCUUCGGCCUCCUCUUCCCUCUGAUGGUCCUCGCCCUUCUCUGCGGUAUCGGCUGCACCACGGCCGCCUCUCGCUGCACCUGGGCCUUCGCUCGUGACGGCGCCAUCCCCGGCUCCCGCUGGUGGAAGCAGGUCAACCACAAGCUGGACGUCCCCCUGAACGCCAUGAUGCUCAGCAUGGCUGUCCAGAUCAUCCUCGGCGUCAUCUACUUCGGCUCCAGCGCUGCCUUCAACGCCUUCUCCGGCGUCGGUGUCAUCUGCCUGACCGCCUCCUACGCCUGCCCCAUCGCCAUCAGCCUUUUCACCGGCCGCAAGGCUUUGGAGGGUGCCAGCUUCAACCUCGGCGCCUUCGGCACCUUCGCCAACGUCGUCUCUCUUGCCUGGUCCGCCCUCGCCAUGCCUCUCUUCUGCAUGCCCACCUUCGUCCCCGUCACCCCCACGACCAUCAACUACGCCCCCGCCGUCUUCGUCUUCGCCUGCUUGGUCUCCGGCCUGUGGUACAUCGUCUGGGGCCGCAAGAACUACGCCGGACCCCCGUCCGAGGAGGUAACCUACUAA